AGAAUAGACACCCCAGGCAUUUUAUUUCGGGUACCAGGCGUUUCUAUCCGGAGACUGGACCGCAGACCGGAAGAGGAUGGCGACCGCUUCUCUGAAGAGAUUUUGGACCAGAGGUCGCAGAGAAGCAGGUGGAGAAGGAACUAACGCGGCGCCUGCGAAACCGGGUGUGUGGGUGCGACUAGGUGCCUGGGCGCGCGCGCUGCUGCAGGACUACGGUGAGGCCUGCAGGGACGCGGCGGCGGCGGCGCGGGCCCGGCCUUGCCGCGCCGCCCUGUACUCUGCGCUGCUGGGCGGCGCAGCGGCUUGCUGCGCGCUGGCGCCGAGCGAGGCGGCCUUCGAGGAGGCGCUGAUUGAAGCAUCGGGAACUCUACUGCUGCUGGCGCCGGCCACGCGCAACCGAGACUCAGAAUCCUUCCUGCAGAGGCUCCUCUGGCUGAGGGGCCGCGGGUGCCUGCGCCAUGUAAACCUGGGGCUCUUCUCGCUCCUGUACGAGGCGCCCUUCGACGGCCAAGCCAGCCUCUACCGGGCUCGCUGCCGCUACCUGCAGCCCCGCUGGGUCGAUUUCCCGGGCCGAAUCCUGGAUGUGGGGUUCGUGGGCCGCUGGUGGGUCCUGGGGGCCCGGAUGCGAGACUGCGACAUCAACCACGACGAGUUCCUCCACCUGCCCCCGCAUUUGCGCGUCGUUGGGCCUCACCAGCUGCACUCCGAGGCCAACGAGCGGCUCUUUGAUGAGAAGUACAAGGCCGUGGUGCUCACCGACGAUCAGGUGGACCAGGCGCUGUGGGAGGAGCAGGUGUUGCAGAAGGAGAAAAAGGACAAGGUCACCCUGAGGCAGGCUGAGUCCCUUGUGCAGUCGGAGGUCGCUGGAUGAAAGCCAGCUAGGCACCAGACCUGACCCGGCUGCGAGCCCUGGCAGACUGUGUGCCCGGGAGGGUACAGCUGCUGAGAGUGGAACUGAGGUAUAUUACUUGCAGAAUGACCCUCGCUGGGUUGUCGAAAGUUUGAGGAGCCUUUCUCCCUGUCUCUGCUCCUUGUUAGUUAAAUCAAAUUUAGAGCCUUCUUGGUUCAGGAAUGGGGGGAGCAGAUCGAGUGACUUAACCGUGUACUGUUUAUCGCUGUCAGAGCUAGUGAUAAGCCCUUAUGUUGGCCUUUUUCAACUAGAAAUAUAAUGUAGCUCAAUGGUAAAGCACUUACCUAGCAGGUGAGUUGCUGUUUUCCAUCCCCAGCAUGGUAAAAACAAGACAAAAAUACAGUAGUCUCUCUUGUGGCCCACACAGUCAACCUGGUAGAGAGAUACUGCAUUGGUCAGGGGACUCUCUUGACACUCACUCCCUGAAACCAUUCAGUUCUGUUUUUGUUUUUUGUGAGUUUGUAGUCCUGAGGAUAAAAGCCAGGAUCGGCACUGAGCUACAUCCCUAGCCCUUCUUUAAAUUUUGUUUUAUUUCGAGACAGGGUCUCACUAAAUCACUGCUGUGUCAUUGGUGUCCAACUCAUGGGCUCGAGUGAUCCUCCAUCCUCAGACUUUGGAGUAGCUGGGACUGCAGGUGCAUGCCACCAUAAGCUUCAGAUAGGUUUUUUUUGUUUUUUUCAGUACUAGAGAUUGAACCCAGAGGCUUCUCACUGAACUACUUCCCUAGCCUUUUUAAAAAUUUUAUUUUGAGAUACGGUCUCACUAAAUUGCCCAGGCUGGAUUCAAAUUUUUACAAACCUUCUUCUUCAGCCUCCCAGAGCCCUGGGAUUACAAAUUUGCACCACUGUGCCUAGCUUUCUAGGAUCCAGUCUUGUGUUUUGUGGGUGUUUUUGUUCAUUUUUGUUGUUUGGGUGCUGGUGGUCAAACCUAGGGUCUUGCAAAUGGGCUGUACCACUUAGCUAUACACCCCAGGCCUCUUAUUACUUGUUUAUAAAUAACAUUUUUGCUUUGGUAUUUUUAAAAGCUAUACUUUGGGAUAACUUAAAUCUCACAUGAAACUGAUAAAAUGAGACAUCUUGCAUACCUUUCAUUCAGCUUCCCUGAAAUGUAACUAAUAUUAAGCCAAGAAAUUGACAUUGGUGUGACUAUUUGGUUGUGAGAGGGAAGUGGCAAAAAUAACCCGACUUUACCAUGUGUGUACUGACAGUUUUGGAAGUGGCUUAGAAGGCCAUAAAGCAUGUCCUGAUCUCAAAAUUUAUAUGGACUCAUAGAAUUCUGUGCAAAGGGAUGUCAGGGUCCAUAGCUGGUACUUAGCUAGGUUACGGUUAUUAUACCUGUAAAGCUAAAAUAUUUGGGGAGUGAGACCACCUCUGUCAUCUGGGUGGCCCGUGGCUAGAUAAUUAAACCACGAGAUGGAACAGUUAUCUUCGUUGUGACACGUUUUGAGGGGUUUUUGUUUUGCUUUAGUUGUGCUGCUGGGGACCAACCUAGGGGCUUUGUGCAUGCUGAACACACCGAGUUACACCCACUGACCACUGCCCGUGUAAUGUUUGUGUUUAUUUGCUACUUAGUUUUUGGCACUUUAAUUUUUUAUUCAUAAUGUGGGUUCGCUGAACACAUGACAGUUUUAAAUCUAUUUUGAGGCAAGAGAGGUAUCUUAUAAGUCUGCAUCUCCAUUCUACAGAGGAAAAACAGGUUAGAAAGUUUACUUUUUCUAAGAUUGUGGUAGGUCCAUCAUUCAAACUCUGUCACUGCCAGCCCUGUGACUUAGUCCUUAGAAUUGUAGUGCAGGCUGUCCAUGGUGCCACACACCUGUAAUCCCAGGAAUCGUGAGGCUGAGGCUGGGGGUUUGCUGAGAGUUUGAAGCCAGCCUGGGCUACAUGGUGAGUUCAAGGCCACUUUAAAUGACAUAGAAUGUGUCUCAAAAAAAGGAAGGAAGGAAUUAGAAAAGAAAGUUAGUUGUGGUAUGGUGCUGCCUUUGAUCCUCAUCUUACCAAAAAUAUAUGUGUGUUGGGGGGGGAUUGUUGAGGAUUGAACCCUGGGCCUCAUGCAAGCCAGGCAGAUACUAUACUGAGCUACCUCCCCAAUUCCCUUUGCCUGAAAUUAUUAAAUGCAGGAAAAUAUUGAAUAAAUAUAAAAAUGAAAUGGUGACGAAAACAAAAGACAAAGCCAGGUACAAUGGCACAUGCCUGUAGUCUUAGCACACUGGAAAGCUGAGGCAGAAGGAUUGCAAAUUCAAGUCCUGCAUAAACAACUUAAUGAUUUUCUGUCUCAGAAAAAGGUUGGGUUCAUUUCCUGUAACAAAGUACUGAAAGAGGAGUGCACACCUUAAUUACUUCCAUGUUAUUAAAUGCAAUUCUGACUUCUAGCCAGGGGUGUCCCACACACAACCCCCAAAUCCACAAAGCAGUGGAGGUGAGAGUGGUGGAUGACCAGAUAGCAACACUCAGCUCUUUCAGUAGGGAUUGUGGAGCCUGGUCAGCCUGCAAUCUUUGCGACUUACCUUUGGUCAGCAGCUUGGCUGUUCUUGGCAGAGUCAUACUGUAUUUUGGCUGCCUCUCCAGUAACUUGGACAUCCUGGGUGUAAGGCACAAGGGGAUGGGGCUGUUGGACCUGGCAGGGGACCAGAUGGACCUGGCGCUCAGCACCUUGGGUCAUACGCUGGCCCCUGAGAAUGGAUCCAGGUCCCUUGUGUACUUCCUAGCUCCCAGCACCUGCAGUGCUCAGCCUAUGAGAGGUAACAUAAGAUCCUGCAUGGAGCUGGGGCUACUGGCGCACACCUGUCAUCCCAGCAUUCUGGGAGGCUGAGGCAGGUAGCCUGCAAGUGUGAGACCAGCCUGGGCAACUUAGACCCUAAAACAACUUUUUAAAGGGGCUGGAGGUAUAGCUCAAUGGUACAGCACUUGCCUGGCAUACAUGAGGUCUUGGAUUCCUCCCUGUGAGGAGGGCUCAGAAUGGUAGAGCACUAGAGCAGAGGCACUUGAGUCUCAGGACCAAAAAACACCCAAAGAUACUGGGAAUCUUAACACGAACACUUUCAAGUCCCCCUCCUCCCCUUUUUUUGGUACUGGGAAUUGAACUCAGAACCUUGUGCUUGCAAGGCAUGGUGCCACUGAGCUAAAUCCCGGGCCCCCUUGUUUUUUUUGUUUUUUUGUCUUUGUUUUGGGUUUUUUUGGUACUGGGGAUCGAAAUGGGGUCCUUGUGUUUUCGAGGCAGGCAGCGGAACCACUGAGCUAAAUCCCCGGCCCCUUGUUUUUUGUUUUUUGAGACAGUCUCACAGUCUUCCAGGCGGGCCUCAUCUCGAACUCAUGACAGUCCGUCUGACUCAGCCUCCCAGCUGCUGGGCAAGAGUGUGCAGCACCACACCCAUCUCCCACUUUCUUUUUUUUUUUAAUUUUAAUUUUUAUUUUAUUUUAUUUAUUUAUUUAUUUAUUUUUUUGCCACUUUCUUAAAAAAAAGUUUUGGAAGUGCUGAGGAUGAAACCCAGGGCUUUGCACAUGAUAGGUAGAUGCUCUCCCAUUGAGCUACACUCUCACCAUUUAAAUUUUAUUCUUAAUUAGAUUUUCCAGACCAGUCCAAGGGUUGUCUUCAGCGGGGCCCUUCCUGCAAAAGAUCCUAUCUCUGCUGGGUGUGGUGGUGCACAUCCACAAUCCCAGCAGUCAGGAUGCUGAGGCAGAAGGAUCACUGCAAGUUUGAGGCCCGCCUGAACUACAAAGGGAGACCCUGGCUCAAAAAACCAAAAAGAAGAAAAGAAAAAUGGUGUCCCUGCUGUUGUGAUUAGACAAGCCCCCCCCCCCAAAAUAAAUAAAUAAA